AAGACGUAGGCAGUGGUACAGAGGGAGAUAUUUGGUAGAGGAUGUGACCGUGGUAUGCAAUAUAAUGGCCAGCAGGAACGUUAUGGCUAUCGCUAGCCUCUGUGGUGCCAAUUACAAAAAGGUGUCUCUUAUGAGGAUAGCAGUAAGGAAAAGUCUCUCCUUUUUGAGCAGGAAAAAAACACCCUUCCUCUGGGUUAGGUACAGCCUUGUGCCAGGGCACAGAGCUUGGCCAGCAAAAGUUGGGCUGGAUUUCAGCUCUUACUGUUGUCCUCUGGGCCAGGUACUCUUGGGCAGUGAACAACCUACACAACUGUACAUGGUGGCCCUGGAAGCCACUGUAGGCUCUUGAUCAAAACAAGGCCCAAAAGAGCAAAAUUAGCAGUCCUAAGAGGUGUCUGCCUGUAGGGGCCUAAAGUUCCCCCCAUGUUACAUUGGAUCCCAGAGAUGAGGGCUGGGAUGCUCCUUGCCCAUGGCCACCCUGUGGCUAUGCCUCCUCACUGUCUGUGUUUUCCUCUUUGGCGGGGCGCGGGGCGGCCCCUAGGUGUCCAGCCACAUACAGGUUCUAGCUCGGAAGAAGGUGCGGGAGUACCAGGUUGGCAUCAAGGCCAUGAACCUGGACCAGGUCUCCAAAGACAAAGCCCUCCAGAGCAUGGCAUCCAUGUCCUCUGCCCAGAUUGUCUCCGCCAGUGUCCUGCAGAACAAGUUCAGCCCACCCUCCCCUCUGCCCCAGGCCGUCUUCUCCACUUCCUCACGGUUCUGGAGCAGCCCCCCUCUCCUGGGACAGCAGCCUGGCCCCUCUCAGGAUAUCAAACCCUUUGCACAGCCAGCCUACCCCAUCCAGCCGCCCCUGCCACCGACGCUCAGCAGUUACGAGCCUUUGGCCCCACUCCCCCCAGCUGCUGCCUCUGUGCCCGUGUGGCAGGACCGCACCAUUGCCUCCUCCCGGCUGCGGCUCCUCGAGUAUUCAGCCUUCAUGGAAGUGCAGCGAGACCCUGACACGUACAGCAAACACCUGUUUGUGCACAUCGGCCAGACGAACCCUGCCUUCUCAGACCCACCCCUGGAGGCGGUUGAUGUGCGCCAGAUCUACGACAAGUUCCCCGAGAAGAAGGGUGGGCUGAAGGAGCUCUAUGAGAAGGGGCCCCCUAAUGCCUUCUUCCUCGUCAAGUUCUGGGCCGACCUCAACAGCACCAUCCAGGAGGGCCCUGGAGCCUUCUAUGGGGUCAGCUCCCAGUACAGCUCUGCCGAUAGCAUGACCAUCAGUGUCUCCACCAAGGUGUGCUCCUUUGGCAAGCAGGUGGUGGAGAAGGUGGAGACCGAGUACGCCAGGCUGGAGAACGGGCGCUUCGUGUACCGCAUUCACCGCUCACCCAUGUGCGAGUACAUGAUCAACUUCAUCCACAAGCUGAAACACCUGCCCGAGAAGUACAUGAUGAACAGUGUCCUGGAGAACUUCACCAUCCUGCAGGUGGUCACGAGCCGGGACUCCCAGGAGACCCUGCUUGUCAUUGCUUUUGUCUUCGAAGUCUCCACCAGUGAGCAUGGGGCCCAGCACCAUGUCUACAAACUCGUCAAAGACUAGGGUGCCUCUGCCCCCCAACAAGGAUGCAGUACAAGCAUCUUUUCCACACACCUGCCUGGCACCCCCGGGGGGUCCAGGAUUGAGGACUCUUCCACCUGCCAGGCCUCAGGCCCAGGACCCAGGAGGCCUCCCACCUACCCCCAGCACACAUACUCCCUGCCACUGUUCUGCGCUUUAAUUGUGGGAGAAGAGAGGAGGGCCCAGCGGAGGGCCAGCCUGCCCAGGGUGCUGACCCACCAUUACUCAGCAAUGCCCAGCCUCGAGUGACCUCAGAGAGGUGGGGAUGGAGGACACCUUUGGGCUGUGGCAUGUGUGGCCACUGGCCCCCAGGGGAGAGUAAUGGGCAGGUGAUGGUAGAAUGGAGGACAAGGGAGUUGGUGUGCAGAGGCCCCAGGAAAGGAGGAUGUUGAGUUGGGGUUGGGUAUAGAAGAGAGAGGGGUCAACACUUCUUUGCACCUUCUGUGUGCCAGGCUUGGUGCCAGACCCCUGGCAUGGCUUGUGCCAUCCUCAGACCCUGCAAAACAAGCGUGUUUCAGACGAAGUGCUGAGAUUGAGAAGUUGAGGGACCCACGGGAAGGGUGGGCAGAGCUGGAGUUCUCUUCCGGGGCUGCCUGUUCCCAGAGCCCAGGUUUACACUACCUCCCUGGAACGGGCGCAGGGAGAGGGUCUGCACUGUGACUGAGGAGUAGAGCCUCCUUGGGGGCAGCUGGGUCGGGGGCCUGGACAGAGUGCCUCCUCCAGGAGUCUCCCCUCACAGGGGAGCAGCUUUUCUGCCCAGGCAGGAAGAGGGAAGUAUAGCAGCUACUAGGAACCUGUUGGGCACCCUCUGUCAGCCCACAAGCCAGCCACAUGCCCCAGUAACCUCCAAGCUGCCCUGGCCCAGAUCAGGAGCCUGAGCCCAGCAGCACCCUGCAGGGGCAGACCCAGGCUCAGGAACCGGAUUGGACUGAGGGCCAGGUAGAGGAAGUCCUAGCCUCUGGGCAGACCAGGGUCCUGCAGAGAAGGGGCGGCAGAAGGCUUUGAUGGUUUCUCUUGCCCAGACUAGGGGUUGCUAAACCCUUGGUGUGCACAGCUCCCUUAUGUUCUUCCCCACCUCAGCCUCCCUGCCCUGGAGCAGCAGCUCCCCAGACCCAGUUCUCAACCCCUAGGCCCCUGAGAGCUGGCUUGGCCUGACCAGCAGCCACCUCUGGGUAUUUAUGACUUUCAUAUGAAGUACUGUGCCCCUUUCCCUUCCUUACCUCCUACCCUGCCCGAGCUUCCUGAAGGUCCUCACAGUUUGCAUACUGCUCAGGCCACCUCCAAACCCCACCUAGGUUUUAUAAUGUAUAUUAUAUAUAUAUUUUUUUGUGUAUUUUUUAAAUUCAGCUGUGGUAGGCUAUAUCAUAAAUGCGGCUCGGGGCUGGGGCAGGGGCCCUUAAGGCCUGGCUCCUGCUCAAAAAAACAAAACAAAAAUUAAAGUUAUUUGUGGGUCAGUUUUGUGACCGGUUGUCUGCCA